AUGGCAGAUGAAAACAUCGCGGCAACGCCUGUAUGGCAAGAGAACGAGAACGCAGCCUCAGAGAACCCAAGACUCACUAACAAGGAAGCGAAAUCGAAGCUACGGGAAAAAUAUAAUAGAGAGACAAGAAAACUGCACAGGGGCUUCGUAAAAGAGAAUCACAAGAAUUAUAAGGACCCGGAAGAAGUCGAUAGUCAAAUCAUCGAUCUAUCCCAGCUCCUGGACCCGCCGGACAACUUCAAAAUCCAGAAUCUUGAUACUAGGCAUCCAGAAAUGGCUGAUGGAUUUGCCCUAUUAGUACAUCAUUUCUGGAAUAUAAAUCCGCAGGUAUAUCCAAAAAAUGUAGGGGAUAGAAUUAAACUGUUCCGGAAAUUAGCCUACAAUCAAGAUGAACAACAUAGACCUCGCGAUCUUAGGGAGCUUUCUGACCUGACACGCGAUGCCGGACCUAGGUUGCUGAAACCAGAGAUCCUUCGUCGGCUUGGGAAGCUGCCUAUUAGUCGACAUUAUCCGGAAUUCACAGAAGGUACUGACUGGGAGGAACAGCGGAUCCGCCCUACACAUCUUCCUAAGAAUCAAGCGUCAGGAGGAAAUGAUGGAUGCGAAGACGGGGAUGGACCUGGUGCUCUCGCUUUAGAAGAAACUCCGCCUAAUCUGGAUCUCAUUCGAGAGUGCCUGGAGAGACUCCUGAUUCAAUUGAGGUAUCGAGAGCUGGAAGUAGUGAAUCCGACACGGGAGGAGGAACUAUUCCAUGCCCUAAUUGAUUCGUCCGAGGGGAGUCGGAGAAAGCGCUUGCCGAUUCGAAAGGUACCCUUGACACUCGACAAUAAUCAUAAAGUGGAACCGAAUUUUGGUGGCUUUACUCAGCCGCAAUAUCCAUCUCGAGAAAAGGGGCCUGUUGGUAACGACUUUGAACCUGCCAACAAUUCGAGAUUUGACUGUAUAAUGAUAGCUGGCAAAUUCCUUGAUGCUGGGUUCACGAAAGUCGAUACUGAAAAUCUCCACUCUCAUGGUGCACAGCAGACAAAUUCUCAUAGAAAUUUCUUGAAUAUGGUCCAAACUGACUGGAAACAAGGCGACAGUGAUAAAAGCCAGCUAGCAAGAUUGUAUUUUCAUCGGCGAUUUAAUGACCUCGAGGCCAAGGACUUUAGGGAUCUUAUGUACAAAUCAACUCUCUUGCGCCCGCAAUUCAGUCACACUAUCUCUCGCCAAAUUCAAUGCGAGAAUGAUCACGAAAUGACUGCUCCACCAGAUACAGUGACGACCUCGCUAGUUUGUUUUGAUGAACCAUAUACCAAAGACGACGCUACUCGUGCUACCAUGCAGGAAGUUUUGCAAUCGCUCUUCCCGCAGCAGGAACUUCCUCCGGUAUAUAAAGAUCAGACCCACGAUCAUCCUUGUACGGUUAAGAUCUGUGAAGGAAAGCCCAAUAAAACAAUUGUCCACCGUUCCAUGCCUUUACGCAUAGCAGUCAGCUUGUCCUCACAGGUCUCGCCAGUAGGUCAUACAAGCAAUGACAUCAGGAUCAAGUUCUACAAUGAUGAUAAAGGAGGCGCGGAGGAUAUCGCUGUAUACCGCUGGGUCGGCGGGAUUUAUGCCGAUACACAAAUCGAGAAUUCGAUUACACAUUAUAGAGUUUACUGGACUGACUCACUGCGAGGAGGACAACCGAGCGAGACCAUUUCAAUUUACGAUCCACUUCAAGCGGAUGGUCAGGUGAUUGAGGGAGUAUUCCCAGCUUCUCAGAAUGAACCUAUCCCGGCAGGAUGGUGGCAGGAUAAAUUCAAACCAGUUCUAUUUUAUGAACGUGUAUUUAAUCCUGACAUGCUGGAUAUUACUCUCGCUGCUGCUAUACUUGGUGAUAUGAAGCAUGUGUCCGAUAACAGCCAAUAUAUACUGCAGGUUCAUGACCCUCAGUGGAAAUUUUCACCACUGUCCAACGACCAGCCUAGGGACCAGGGUGACUCUAAUUCCCCGCGUCCCAAUCCACCUCCUACAACUGGGGGCCCAUCGGGAACCUCACCUUAUGAAAAUAUCACAGGAUAUGCAGGUGCAGCCUUUGAUACGGCGUUGAACGAUCUGGAUUCUGGAGAUGUUCAUAUGCAAGAUGGUGUUGAUUACAACGAAAUAUCACAGCCGUCCCAUACUUUCUCCCAGAAUAAUGGAAACACAGGAGAUGCUGAGGCUGGAUACAAUUCGAAUCUGAUCCGAGGCCUUAUGCCUCCAUCAACCCGACCAGCCUCAGACAAUCACGGAAUGUUUCGUGCAUUCAACAGUGACAUGAGUCAAGUAGCACCUGAUCGACCUAGAAGCCUGCUUACAGAGCAUUAUAGUCAACCCGCAGCCACAAAAAUCUCCACUUCGAACUUUGCUCCCCGCGAUCUCGACAAUCGUUUACAAUUUAUACCUGUUCAACCUUCAACCGUCCAGGGUUUGAGUUCUACGGCUCAAAACACACAAGUGACUGCUCAGUUUGAAUCGGUAGUACCCGGGAAGGGCGAUAUACGUUUGUCUCAACCUUUGAACUCUGUAAACCAGACAAUUACCGCGCAUACUGGCAGCGGACUCCCUAGUCCUACAUUCACUCUCAGCGACUUCAUCCAAAUAACACCUCACUUGGCUAAUCUAAACGCGCCUCUACGAAAUCCACUAGAAACUUAUGGAGAACAAGAUUUUACUGGCGACAAGCUCGAGAAUGUUUAUGAUGAUCUCUUUGGUUCCACAAUACCAAUGAACUCUUCACAGGUUCCGCGAGAUAUAUUGGAUACGCUGCCGAGCUGCCCCGGUGGAACAUCGUCAGGAGGAUAUCAGUCUCAACAGGGUAUAAAACGAUACUGUGAUGGGGAAUUUGCAUAG